UUCAUUUCACUAUCAUGACAGGAAGAGCUAUUUACCUGUGAAUUGGGCAAAUACUAUAGAUUAAUUUAGUGAAAAAAAAUCUCUCUUUCAUCAUAGUAUAUUCUUUUGUUUUAUUUCAAGGGUCCUACUCAACUAAGAAUAAUCGUAUCCACUAACAUAUUCGCUAUUUUCCGUAUAUAAUUUGAAGUUUCAAUAAAAGUAGCUCUUCCACUCCAUUCCCUUGAUAUUAGGCUAAAUUUGUUUGCUCCACUAAUAUUUUUCUCACUUCAUUUUUAGCCUCAUAAUCAAACAUAUUAAGAACAAAAUGAGAUCAAUUCACUUUUCAAAAAAACAUUUCUAAUCCCUUCUGACUAUUUAUUAGUUUUAGUAAUUCUUCAACAAAAAGAAAAUGGCAGGUUAUGGGACAACGCAGAAAUGCAAAUGUUGUGAUAAAACUGUACAUUUUGUAGAGAUGAUGUCCGUGAAUGGAGUUCCAUAUCAUAAGUCAUGCUUCAAAUGCAAUCAAUGCAAUGGACGUCUCUCUAUGAGUAGCUACUCUGCUGUGGAUGGAGAACUAUACUGCAAGCCUCACUAUGAACAACUCUUCAAAGAAAGUGGAAACUACAAUUUUAGCAAGUCUCCAGCAAAACCAGCAGAAUCACAGAAUAAGACUACCCCUAGUAAAUUCUCUUCCAUUUUCUCUGGCACUCAAGAAAAAUGUGCAAACUGCAAGAAGACAGUGUAUCCAUUGGAGAAGAUAACAGUGGAGGGUGAUUUCUACCACAAGAAUUGCUUCAAGUGUGCUCAUGGAGGGUGCAUCAUCACACCCUCAUCCUAUGCUGCUUUGGAUGGAACAGUCUACUGCAAAAUCCACUUUGCUCAGCUCUUCAAGGAGAAAGGUAGCUACUCCAAUAUCACUAAGAAGAAGAAUGCUGGAGAUUCCACGCCCAACGACUCUGAGGCUGAGCCAGACAAUGACCCCGAGCCUGCCUCUGCACCCGAGGAUGAGGUUGUGGCUGCCGUUGAGGCUGAACCUGAACCCGAGCCCGAGCCUGAGGCUGAUCAACCGAGUGGAUCACCCCAAGCAGUUGAGAAUUAGGGAGGGAAGACAACAAUUUAUAUCAUUUUCUUGCCUUUUUUGUUAUUGUUUUCUAAUUUAUUUCGAAAUUUCAUCCAAUUUUAUUGCAUGUAUGAUUUUAUAUUUCUCAGGAUUGCAUAGGGUCACAAUUGAUUAAGAAUGUU